UAACUACUUUAGUCGCGAUUCAUUUGGUAGAUAUUUUUCUGGCUUUUUGUGAGGAGAACAAUUCUUUGGCUUGAGAAUUUGUUAGGCCAUUUCCGGGUCAUUUUAGUAUAUAGAAUACAGCAAAUCCUAAUUAAUAUCACUUUUAUUGUAUAGGUGAAACUUAAUAUUUUAACAUAUAUAGUUAGUUUGCUUAAUAUAACACAGCAUAGAAUGGUAGAAGGACUGUCUAGAGUAUUGGGACAAGAAAUAGGAGCAUCAGCUCAUGAAUUACUGACUUCUACAAAACAAUUAGAAACAGGAGAUGAUACUAUACAUAUUCAAGUUGAACAAAAUGAUGAAGAUGAAGAUGAAGAUAAAUCAAGUAAAUUUAAUAAAGUACUUACAGCCUUAAGAAAAUAUGGUACAUUUAUAGGUCCAGGAUUACUUAUUAGUGUGGCCUAUAUGGAUCCAGGUAAUUAUGCUACUGGUAUAACUGCUGGUGCAGCUAAUCAAUAUUCACUUUUAUUUAUUGUAUUUCUUUCAGAUAUUAUAGCUAUAUUCUUACAAAGUUUAUGUAUUAAGUUAGGUUCAGUAACUGGUUAUGAUUUAGCUAGAUGUUGUCGUGAAUAUUUCCCAAAAUGGUUAAACAUUAUUUUAUGGAUUUUGGCAGAAUGUGCUAUUAUUGCAACUGAUGUAGCUGAAGUUAUUGGUUCUGCUAUUGCUCUUAAUAUUUUGUUACGUAUUCCAUUACCUGCUGGUGUUUGUAUUACUAUUGUUGAUGUAAUUCUUGUUCUUAUUGCUUAUAGGAAUGAUACAUCAUCAACAAAAUUGGUUAAAUAUUUUGAAUAUUCAGUUGGACUUUUAGUCUUUGCUGUAGUUGUAUGUUUUGCAGUUGAACUUUCUCAAAUCCAUGCUGAUGUAAGAGAAGUAUUUAGAGGAUUUGUACCUUCUAAAGAAAUGUUUGAAGGUAGUGGUAUGACUAUUGCUACUUCACUUAUUGGUUCGACUGUUAUGAUUCAUUCUUUAUUUUUAGGAUCAGGAAUUGUUCAACCAAGGUUAAGAGAAUAUGAUGUGAUGCAUGGUUAUGUUAAUUUGGAUGAGAUUUGUGAAGCUAAUGAUGAAAAGGAUCCGAGAUCCAAGAAGGAUAGAGAAGCAGAAUAUUUCUAUACUCAAUAUAAACCUUCAUAUCAAUCAAUUAAGUAUUCAUACAAAUAUUCAAUCAUUGAAUUGACUGUGACAUUAUUGACAUUUGCAUUAUUUGUUAAUGCUGCUAUUCUUAUAGUUGCCGGAUCUUCCUUAUAUAAUACACCUGAAGCAUUAAAUGCUGAUUUAUACACCAUUCAUUAUUUAUUAUCUAAAAAUUUGGCACCAGUUGUUGGUACCAUAUUUAUGUUAGCACUUUUAUUUAGUGGACAAAGUGCUGGUAUUGUAUGUACUAUUGCGGGUCAAAUUGUUAGUGAGGGUCAUAUUAAUUGGAAAGUUAAGCCAUGGUUAAGAAGAUUAAUUACAAGAGCUAUAUCUAUACUUCCAUGUCUUGCUAUUUCUGUUUCUAUUGGUAGAAAUGGAUUAAGUAUUGCAUUAAAUAUUUCACAAGUUAUUAUUUCCUUAUUAUUACCACCAUUAACAGCUCCAUUAAUUUACUUUACCUGUAAAAAAGAAAUAAUGAGAGUCGCUCUUACUGAUGAUGAUCCUGAUUAUGAGUCUGACUCUAUAGUUAGUCGUGCUGAUGAUCAAACAGACGAAGAGCAACAAGAAAAUUCAGUAAGAUAUAAAUAUAUGGCCAAUAAUUGGAUUACAGCUAGCGUUGCCAUUGCAAUUUGGUUAUUCAUUUCAGCCUUAAAUGUAUAUGCUAUUUAUGACAUGGCAAUUAAUGGUGUUGCAAGUAGUUAAUUAUAAAAUUUUGGAUUUAAACAUAGAUUUAUACAUACAUAGAAUUAUAUAUUAUUAUAAAUAUUUUUAUUUUUUUAUGCUUUAUAUUUCCGGGGUAUAAU